CACCUGGCUAAGACACAAGUGAUUGCUUUUGCGGAAAAUUACAUCACUUGUGACACAGUGUUGCGCGAUAACGUCUCCAGAUCGUACAGUCAGUGGUAAAUUUUCCCUAUCGAUUAACACUGUAUACGUUUCUUAGGGGAUGUUCAUCGCCAAGUGAUAGGACCCUUGCGUAACGAAAAAUCGACACGGCAGACCUUUUCUCCCAACAGCUUGGCAACGUUGGCCUCGGUGCCACGGAGGCUCUGAUUUACUGAGCGGCUCGAAUCAACUUGUAAUAGAGUUUCUUCCCAAAAGUUUAAAUUUCUACUUUCCGGUGAUGAUUGGUACAACGCAUGCGCAGACACGAGGGACUGACUUAACCUUCUUUUUCUAGUGUGCCUUGAUCAAUGAUGACUUUGUGAGCAUUCUGACCUUUGAUGACUCGGAUAUUCUUACUCGUUGCUUCUUCAUCCAGUGCAGAAUGUCAUGACUCAACUACCUCAACGCUGUCGGUCCCACGUUGAAGGCCGGGGUAUUUCCGGGACAAGUGGUGCGGAACUCGACUGAAAUCAACACGUAAACAGUAGCACGUGCAAGACGUGUAUUUCGUGGAAGUGACGUGUCGGGGACGCACGUUGGGAUAUGUUAUUCAGGACUUGUGAAUAGAUCUUGUGUUCUAGACAACCGACAAGCAUGACGGUCUCUGAUCCAAGCGCCGAUUUUGCUAUGCAUGAUACCGGCCAAGUCGUGCUUGUCAUCGUGGGCUCGUUUGGUGCCGUCAUAGGCCUGGUCCUCGGAACAGUCCUGUGCAGCUGGUGUUUUGGGAAGAAGAAGAAGGUUGAUGAAGAGGAGGAAGUGUUUGCGAAGAAGUAUAAGGACGAAGAAGCUGGAAAUGUCCCACCUUCGGGCAUCCCAAAAGGAGGUACCCCUGGAUCACCUGCUCUCACUCGCAAAACUAUCAACAAUGGCGUACUCAAUGGAUUUCUCAAAAGAUUUGAGAGACCUGAUCGUAAAAUGGUUGCUGAACACGUCCAGCCCUCUUCCAACUCGCAAACCGCCCUGAACCAGUCGCUCGGCAUUAACCAAACUCCUCGCGAGUCCUACCAAACUAUGGGGAUAACUCGGGGCAUGAGCUUGUCCAGCCAGAGUCGGUCAGCCUCGGAGGAGGAGGGAGAGUCGAGUGUAUGGAAGGGUGUGCGGAGCUUUGCCACGAUGCUCAUGGACGACAGCCCCCCAGAAGAGAAUGAAGCUCCUCUUGUGGAGGGUGUGGAUUACAAACUAGGAAAACUACAGUUCGGACUUGGUUAUGAUUUCCAAAACUUGACUUUAACCCUGAAGAUUCUUCGUGCUACGGGUUUGCCUGCCAAAGAUCUCUCCGGUACCAGUGAUCCUUAUGUGAAAAUUAUGUUGCUUCCGGACAAAAAACACAAAUUGCUAACAAAAGUGAAAAAGAAAAACUUGAAUCCUCACUGGAAUGAGUGUUUCUUGUUUGAAGGCUGGCCACACAACAAGCUGCUGGAGAAGACACUGUACCUCCAGGUGAUCGAUUAUGACCGCUUCAGCCGUGAUGACCCUAUCGGAGAGACGUAUGUUCCCCUCAACUCCGUGGAUCUGUCCAACGCCACCAUGACGUGGAAGUACCUCCAGCCUUGCAAGGACAGCAGAGGCAAGCUAGGCGAGCUCCUGGUGUCCCUCUGUUACCAGCCCAACAUCGGUCGUCUCACCAUCGUCAUCAUGAAGGCCAGGGACCUGAAGAUCAAGGACAUCACCGGGAGUUCAGAUCCCUACGUGAAGAUCUGGCUGAUGCAAGGUGGGACGAAGGUGGAGAAGAAGAAGACCAUCAUUAAGAAACGCUCCCUCAACCCUGUAUAUAACGAGUCUUUUAUAUUUGACAUUCCAUGGGAGAAAAUGCGUGAGACGUGUCUGGAAGUCUCUGUAAUGGAUUUCGACAAGGUGGGUCGAAAUGAACUGAUCGGCAAAGUCAUUUUGGGAGCUCACAGCGGUCCGAUGGAGACAAGGCACUGGAAUGAUAUGGUUUCCAAACCUCGCCAACAAGUGGCGCAGUGGCACCUCCUCAAAGAUUGAUGCAGUGUUCACCAUCAAGAGGAGAAACAUCUUGCAGGAGGCUUGGUGACAAAAGGGAAAUCACUCUGAAUGUAAUGCACACAAAGGGAGAUCACUCCAAUCACACUUGUCAGAGAGAGGUAACUCUUGCAGGAUUUGAUUUGCCAAAGGAAAUGCAGCAUUGCAGACAUUGGAGGAUAACUCCGUGGUGAUUUGAUGCUGGUGGCUCCAAGAUUGUGUGUUUCCUUUGGAAGGCUGAUGGAAAUACCAUACUAGGAUUAAUCACUAGGAAAACAUAGCAGAUUUAGUCAUGUUGGUGUGGCUAUGUACUGUGACUUGUGUUGAUGGACUGUGAGUACCACCUACCAUUGUGAUAUAGUCCUAGAUGUGCACUUAGUGGAGGGGAGACAACUCUCAUUACCAGCAGCCUUCAACAUGAUUUCACAAUCGGAUCAUCCUAUUUUUUGUGCUGUAAGGCUCUCUGUACUAUGUCCAUGGUGAAGGAUGGGAUGGAAGCUGAACUGUCGCCAUGUCGCCCUGUCACCUGGAUUGUGUAGGUGUCGAGCGACAUACUGCUUGAGUGUAGAUUUUGUAUGAAGAAAAUCAAAUGCUUUACUGAAAGCCGAAUCAGUUUUUAAGGACCUGUGGAUUAUUACAUUCCAAUGUUGAUUUUCACAAUGGAUAUUUACAAUAACAUGGUAAUUGAUAAUACAGAUUUUCUGAUCUGAAGAGCCAGACAACCUUGAGAUAUGGUCAGCUGUUAUAUUCCCCUUCAAGCUUAUUAUUAUCUCUUGACGAGGCCAGGAACACGUGGUUUUGUGGAAGAGUCUGUGUUGAUGUGAAUACAAGUAUUGUCAUGUGCUCUUAUGCAUCUUCAGAAUUUGGAAUUAUAUGUUUCACAUGAAGAGGAACGGAAAUCCAAAGACAAAUAUUCUACAAUAUUGAUACUUUGCCCAUGACCAUUUUAUGUUUGCAUUUUAGUUGUACAUAUUGUACUUUAAUUGUUUUUCUUUUAUGAAUGAAGCAAGAAAUCCAGGUGCUUUUCGUCUCACUCUCCCCAGGGAGAUGAUAACAUUUGAAUGCCGAAUGCCGAAUAUUGUGGCUGUCUUGAAACUUGUGGCAAGUCAUAGUUACUUUUGCAAUGCGUUCUUAGAAAUCAUGAAAGAUUAUUGUGGGCCAUUACAGUUUAAAGUAAUACCAAUUCCUUAAAUUGAUUCAUUAUUAUAAAAGGGCAGUGGGGUAGCCUAGUGGUUAAAGUGUUCACUCAUCAAAAUGAAGACCUGAGUUUGAUUCCCCACUGUGAUACAAUGUGUCAAGCCCAUUUCUGGUCUCCCCUGCCAUGAUAUUGCUGGAAUAUUGCUAAAAGCAGAAUAAAACCAAACUCACUCACUCACUGACAAAAAAAAGUGUCUUUAAAAAUCUUCAUGUCAUACCAUUAGAAAAUAACUGAAAUUUUCUGAAACUUAUUCAGAGCACAAGUGGAACAGUAAUUGUACUGCAGUAUAAUUUGUAAUGAGUAUGCUGAGUUACAUCCCCAAGCUCUACCAGGAUCUGCUAGUCGAAGGAUGGUAUCUAAGUAUAUAGCUUGGCAACCUAUCAGGCUUACAUGAAAAAAAUGUCUUGCUAUGCGCCUGAUAUUUAAGGUAUUUUAAAGUCCGACAAGGCAUAUUAUGACCUAACUAUUUUUCAAAGCAGAAAUUCUGUGGCACAUCUGUUUGUUGUUAAUCAUGAGUUCGUGUUACCCAUCCCUUCAGGGAGGUGAGACGAACAUAUGCUCCUGGAUUUCAAAGAAGGUAUGAUUGACUCUUUGGUCACUUUAACAAUUAAUUUCAGCAAUUUUUUCCCCCUUUCCUCUUAUGAUGCCAGUUUACAUGUUUUAAUACAUAUUAAUUCUUCCGUAAUUGAUAUGUUCAUUGGAAUGCCUUUUAAAAUAUGUAAAUAACCGCUAAUAUAUUUUUAUUAUUUAUCAUGUAUUCCUCCAUGUACAUGUAAUAUUUUCCUAACCAAUGUUUUAACAUUUCUGUACUGAGACUUUUAAGAACUUUUGUUUACAUUUGGGAUUCAUUAUUAAUUCAUAUUGCCAUACAGAUACCAUCGUAAGUGUUGAGUCUACGUGACCUGUCAUUCAUUUUGUUUUCAAGCAGUAUACAAAAAAUAUAUUUAUUAUUUAUGUAAGUGGUUAAAAAACAUACAACCUUUGACAGGAUUAAUCUGAUGUUAGACUUUGUACACUGUAAUUUCAGCUUUUAGUUUGCCAAAAUAUCUGUAAUGUGUGAUAGCUUAUCAGUGCAUGAAUGGACAACUCAUUUUCAUAUGAAAAAAAAGUGUGACUUUAUUUAUAAUUUAUAUGGUGUAUGGUCAUAAUAUUUAUGUUUUAUUUCUAGGGUGUAAAUAGCAAUAUAUUUAUUUAAUAGCCCACUAAUGUGGCCAAUAUUAUUUGUAGUUUGCAAUGUAAUCAUAUAUUAUACAGUAGGAGUGAGUUUCGGGGAAAUAGUAUUAUCCUUAUUUAGCAUAUUAUCAAAAAGGGUUUUGAUACCUGAUUAUUAACCUUUAGUACAUACAUGUAUUGUGUGGAAUUCAAGGGAAGUUAUUGAAAGAACGUGACAGUGUUUGGGGAGGAAUAUAAAAAUAUAAUUGACCUUUCAGGAGGGUCACAAUUACAAAUGGACAGUAAUCGUUUUAUUGCUUGGACAUCUAUCUGAAUAACUGUAAUAGGAUUUGCUUUUUACAAAGAAGGGACAUAAAAAGGAUUUUUGUGGAAUCUGGACAAUCAUUUGGAGAGGGUAAUACGAUUUUAUAUGAAAGUUUACAAAAUAGCAAAUAUAGUGGACUUCUGUAGAUGAAUAUUGAUUUAUUAUUAUGACUUUAUACAGUGGAAAUCGAUUCUGAUAUCAGUGCUUUGAUUCUGCUGAAAUGUGGAAAUAAAUUGUCAUCAGCUUUGAAACGUUCAAAAGGAUAAAUGAGAAGUGCUGCAAUUUGCUUUCAUGCGUGUCUCUGAUAUUUUGAACUGACCAUGGGUUCGUGUUCUCCUGAACUAUGAUAAAGAUCAUCAUUUAGACAUUGAACCAUUUUUAUAGCUGAAAGUUUCCAUCCAUUCUGUGGAGAUUAAGAAAGUUCAUAUUCAAGAAUAUUUCCAAUAAAUUCUUUGAGUGGCAUUUAGAGAAUGUUUUGGGAAAUGUUUUUAUGGAUAUACAUCCUUUUUAUGAAUGAAAGUGACAUUUCGGUGAAGAUCCUAACAAGGAAGUAUCUUUUGCUUGAUAAUGCUGUUAGCAUCUACAGCGAAACAUCGCUUACAUUAAUAAUAUAUACGUUGUAUAUCCAUAUUCUAUUAUACGAGGUAUAAUAAUAUUAAUAAUACAUACAUUUAUAAAAUGCAGCAAUUCACAAUUAUGAUAUCCCAUGUGCGUUAAGGUAUGACAGACAGACCGCCGCCAUAUAGCUGGAACAUUUCUGAGUGCGGCGUAAAGCUAAACUCACUCACUAAGGUAUGACAGACAUAACUGAAGGUAACUCUGUACUCUCAGAUAUAAAUAUUUUCUUUCAUAAAAAACGGAUAUACACAAGAUUAUUUUAUUGUAUUUAAUGUACUUGUCUUACCAUGGCGGUUCAUUUCAUCUGAACUCUGGUCCGCCAUUGAGUUGACUGAAUAACAUCAACCCGAUACAGAUAGAGAUACAAAAAACAAAGACUUCUGAAAAAGCAGCCGCUGAAAGAAAUCAUGUCGAUACAGCAUAUUUAGUUUGAAAAAUGUCUUUGAAAAUAAUAGAAAUAAUCCAUCAAGAAGCUCAAUAUGAUUCUCAGGCUUCUCAUUCUUGUCGUUUACCUCCUGUGAACGGAUAUUUAAUUAAUUACUAAAAAUCCUGAAUGAUGGCCGAUUUGUUCUCUGGAGAUUUGGAUCGUUUUUUAUGAAAUCCAUUAGCCCAAUGACCUGAUGGAAUCUGUUGCUGCGUUUAUCAGUGGUCGAUAUAGAUAUCUGCAACUUCUUUACAUGACAUUUAGAAGUACCGAUUAUCUCCCUUGUUCAGCAGUGGUGCAAACAGUUGGGUGAGCAACUUGAAAGAUUUUCUUAUGAAUGGUACAGAUGGUUGAAGUUUUCAGGACCAUCCCAAGAUGUACAGAGUACAGGGCCCAGUAGCUGUAUAUAUUGAAAUAAAUAUACAUAUGAUA